AUGGAAUCCAACAAUUGCAUCACGAAAGAUUGUUCCACUAUCUAUCGUUUUCAGUUUGCAAGUAUCGCUUUCCUCUGCAGUGUUUAUCUUCCAUACACAUUUCAUUCAAGUAUAUGGUCACUUUAUACAGAACCGUUCAGCCCAGUUAAUUGUUCUUCGAUCAAUACACCAUUUGUAUCUGGGUCAACGGCAAAUGCACAAACAAAAUCGCUUUUGACAGUCUUGAUAAAAAAUUUCAAUCAGUCAGAAUGUUGUCCGUGUAAUGAUAUUCUUAGUAGCAAUUCCAAUGAUAAACGUUUAUUGAGUCUGUGCCAAGAAUGGAUGACAAAUGUCAAUGAACUAAAAUCGCGUAAAACAACUAUCAUUGAUGAAUGGCAUUUAACGUGCAGUCAAGAGAACCGACGAAGUCUAAUAACCGGUUCAAUUUCAUUUUUGAUUGCAGAACUUCUUGGUGUUAUACUAAUGGGCAUCUUAGCCGAUCAUUUUGGAAGAAAGCUAAUGCUUCUUAUGUGCCUCUAUAUUCCGGUGCUAUUUGGUUCAUUGGCUGCAUUCACAACUACUUAUACAUUGUUUAUUAUUCUUCGAUGGCCUGUAGGGUUCUUAAAUAAGGGUCUUCUUGCGCUUGUGUACAUCAUGGUUAUUGAAUCAUGUGAAUAUAAACAUCGAGCACAAAUUGGUUGUUUACUUCUUGCUUCUAUACCUGUAUUUGGCAUUAUCAUUGGUGUCACUUAUUUUUUCCUGUUGGAUUGGCGUCAUAUGCAAUUACUUGGUAUUGUUUUUCAGCAGUAUCCAUUCUUUUCUCAGAUCAUUAUUUCUAUCAUAGGUACUUUGAUUACUACAUUGACUCUUUGUUAUCCAUGGCUAAUACCAGAAUCUCGUCGAUGGUAUGUGAAUAGUCAUCGUGUGUCACGUGUGAAUAAACUCCUACAACUAUGUUCGAACAAACAACCAUCAACAUUAGGAUUGAAUAAAGUCGGUUCAUCAGCACCAUCAACAAUGGGUUAUGACAAACCCGUUCUCUCGCAAGAUGCUCUUCGUGUUCAGACAGGCUCAAUCACUUGUCUAUUUCUUGAUCGGCAACUUCGCACCAUUACUACUUGUCUAUGCAUACUCUGGUUUCUUUCCUCGUUCUGUUAUCAAUGUACAUUUUUUCCAAUAAUCUUUCCACAUCCAACUAUGAAUUAUGUGCUAAUGAAUGCAACAGAAUUCCUGUCAUUUAUCAUUGCAUUUCUUGUCGCUUACAAGGUUGGUCGUCGAGCACCAGUAGCUGUACUCAUCCUAAUAAGUGGCCUCUCAUCAGUUUCGUUAGCAAUUACACUACUUGGAACAGGACACAUAUGGCUUGAGAUCACUUUUUCACUCGUCGCUCGUGGUUGUCUUCGAAUUUGUUAUUGUCUCUUAGUUUUAUUCACGUCUGAACUGUAUCCAACGUCCAUUCGAGCAACUGGUUUAGCACUUGGCUUAUCUAGCGAGAUUGCCGCUCGAAUUACAGUUCAUCUACUUCUCUAUUUCGCCGUUGAUCGAAUACUACUUCUAUUUAUAUCUGGUGGCAUGCUAUGUCUUAGUUGCUGUUUAAUAUUUCCUUUGCCGGAAACCAUACUUUAUGAUUUGCCUGAUUCCUUGUCGGAUUUACAAUCAAUGAAACGUUCUAUAGGUAACGACGAUAAUGGUGAAAUGUCGCCACCUAAUUCUCACUAUCACAUGAUCGAUGCAAAUACAUUGGCGUUUCCUCCUCUAUCGCAACCAAAUCUUACAAAUGCGAAUAUGAAUGCCUUGUCUCCACUAACUCCCAAGACAAUCUUAAAAUCAUCACAAGAAACAAACACAGGCGACACAAGCGUGACGAUUCAUUCUCAACCGGAAAUCAUACAAAUACAUUCCAAUACAUCGUCAUUGAAUGCCUUGAAUAAUCCAUGUUAUUUUGCGACAUUGAAUAAUACAAUAGAUCAGUACGAUUUCGGACAACAAAUCGAUAAUCGUUUGAUGUUUAGUAUUCAAGGUGUACAAAAUAAUAACAACAAUAAUAAUAGUGAAGAAGAGAGAGAAGAUACCAGAUUUUAA